AUGGAGAAUUAUCUAAAGCUUCAUCUAAAGAAUCAUUUGAAGCAUCAUCUAAAGAAUUAUUUGAAGCAUCAUAUAAAGGAUCAUUUUAAUAAUCAUAUGAAGCAUGAUGUAAAGAAUCAUUUGAAGCAUCAUAAGAAGUAUCAUUUGGAGAAUCAGAUGAAAAGUGAUAAUUAUGAGAGAAGAUCUUUGGAUGAAAGAGCUUUAGCUAGGUAUGAGUCACGUAGGGAUGUUUUGGAAUCUAUUAUUAGUAGAAGUGAUUCUCAUUGUAUAUGGGAAUUAAGAAUGUGUAGAAAUACAUUUGCACAUCUUUGUGAGGUUUUAAGGAUACGGGGAGGAUUAGUGCAACUCGGACAAGUAAGCGUUGAAGAACAAGUUGCGGUUUUUUUAAAUAUACUCCCACAUCAUACAAAAAAUAGAAGUAUUCAAGUUAGAUUGUCUAGAUCUGGGCAAACCGUUAGCAGGUAUUGUCAUAGAGUGUUGGUCGCAGUUUUGAAAUUGCGAAAUGAUUUACUUGCCAAGCCAGAACCUGUACCUCUAGAUUGCUCUGAUGAAAGAUGGAAAUGGUUUAAGGGAUGCUUAGGGGCUUUGGAUGGGACUUACAUAGCAGUUACACCGAGUGUUUCUGACAGGCCUAGAUAUCGUACAAGAAAAGGCGGACUUAGAUGUUUUGGCCUCUUGAAAAAACGAUGGGCUAUAUUGAGAAGCCCUUCAUUUUAUCCUAUUAGAACACAAUGUCGAAUGAUCCUUGCGUGUUGUUUAUUGCAUAACUUCAUCCGUGUGAACAUGACAAUGGAUCCAGAAGAAUUUUCUCCAUUUGCAGAAGACGAGGUACCUUUAGGAGAAGAAGCAAUCAAUGUAGUGGAAACAAUUGAACCUAGCAAUCAAUGGACUCAAAGGAGGGAUGUGCAUGCACAAGAAAUGUUUACAGAAUGGAGGAAUAGACAUAGGAAUUAG